UCGGGGGAAGCUGGGGCUGCUCCACGACCCUGCAGAGAAGAGUGGGGUCCACGCGAUGGAGGAGACUGGACUGAGCAGCCACAGUAGCCCCAGGAGCAAUAGCCAGAGUCCUGAUCCUAGCCCAGGUGGGGACCGCCACCAGACCUUCCCCAAGCUGCAAAAUGACACUUUUCUGCGGGCAGCCUGGGGGGAGGCCACGGACUAUACACCUGUGUGGUGCAUGCGCCAGGCAGGCCGAUACCUGAAAGAGUUCCAGGAGACCCGGGCUGGCCAGGACUUCUUCAUCACCUGUCGCUCUCCAGAGACCUGCUGCGAACUGACCCUGCAGCCUCUUCGACGCUUCCCCCUCGAUGCUGCCAUCAUCUUCUCUGACAUCCUGGUGGUGCCCCAGGCUAUGGGCAUGCAGGUAGCUAUGGUGCCCGGCAAAGGGCCGAGCUUCUCAUCACCCUUAAGGGAAGAGCAGGACCUGGACCGCCUCCAGGCCCCUGUGGAUGUGGACAAGGAGCUGGGCUACGUGUUCCAGGCCAUCACCCUGACCCGUCACCAGCUGGCUGGGCGGGUACCUCUCAUUGGCUUUGCCGGGGCCCCGUGGACACUGAUGUCCUACAUGGUAGAGGGGGGCGGCUCGAACACCAUGGCCCAGGCCAAGCGCUGGCUGUACCAGUGGCCCGAGGCCAGCCACCGCCUGCUGGGUCUCCUGACUGACGUCCUCGUCCCCUACCUUGUGGGCCAGGUGGCCGCAGGGGCCCAGGCCCUGCAGCUGUUUGAGUCUCAUGCUGGGCACCUGGGUCCUGAACUCUUCUCGGAGUUCGCGCUGCCCUACAUCCGUGAUGUGGCCAAGAGGGUCAAGGUUGGGCUUCAGGAGGCGGGCCUGGAGCCAGUGCCCUUGAUCAUCUUUGCUAAGGAUGCACACUACGCCUUGGAAGCGUUGGCCAAGUCUGGGUACGAAGUGGUUGGAAUUGACUGGAAGGUGAACCCUGCCCUGGCCCGGGAACGUGUGGGAAAGACUGUGACCCUCCAGGGCAAUCUGGACCCCUGUGCCCUCUACGCCUCCAAGGAGGAGAUUGGGCGAGUGGUGGAGCAGAUGCUGGCUGCCUUCGGGCCCCAGCGGCAUAUUGCCAACCUUGGCCACGGGCUCUACCCGGAUAUGGAUCCUGCUCAUGUUGGAGCCUUCGUGGAGGCUGUGCACCGGCACUCUCGCCUGCUGCGGAGCAAAUGAGCCCCCCACCUCACCCCACCCACCCCAGGACUAGUCUCAGGGGUCUGACAGGAGAAUGUUUGUAAGAGUAUUUUUAAGAGAAUAAAGAGGUCUAGAGUG